AUGGCAUUGAAACAACAACUCGACGAAAUUGAUGGCAAGUUACGUUUAGUCAAUUUUACGACCAAGAUAACCGAUGAUAUACUUAAAACAAACGAUGAAGAAGUCGCUAUUCGACAAAAGGGUCAAAUAACAAAGAUUAUUUGGGCUAUAAGUGACCUGAAACAGCUAAUCGAGGAAAAGAAAUUUAUCGCAGGCGACUCCGAAGAAAAUGUCGCAGCAUGGGGGGAAUCAAUCGAGGAAAAUAUAGCUUUGGCCGACGAGAAAGUUAAGAGCGACUGUCCAGAAAUAUCGAACAAAUUCGAAAAUUACCGGCCACAGUCAAAAUAUAAAAUUCCUUCAUUUUUGAUUUGGUGUUAGUAUUGUGUGAGUUUAUAAACGUACUGGAGUCAGUUUUUCAACUUACGCAAAAAAUCGGGAUUUUUUUGAGAAAAGAGAUUUUACCCUGUUUCGGUCUAAAAAUAUCCCAGACGACGGCAAGCAAUAACACUUCAAUAAAUCUUUUGGCUUGAUAAAAGAACCCCGGUUACAAGCUAUUUCCCACUCAAUUCUGAGAGAACAGGUAUCAAAGAGUUGUUACUGGCGAUUUUUGCAUUAUUAACCCGAGUUUAUACGGAAAAAUUUUGAUUCUCUUAACAUAGUCUUUCAAAAUCUCGUCAAUAGUCCAAGAAUACAAUUUUUUGCAUGUGGCCAUUCUCCAAUUUCCAUGAAAAUCAGGCAGUACAACCUGCACAUGACAAACUAAGAGCGACUGCAAACAUUUGUUUUGGUUUUUGCACAGUCGCAAUGAAAUCUGCAACUGAAGUUGGAAAAAUUCGCAAGGAAAGUAGGUUAAUUACAAGUUUGUUUACAUCACCGGGCAAUGGCUUGCCCGCCAAAAAAUCAUUAACGUUUUCCCAGCUUAUUAAUUCAGACGGUUAGUUUGAUCUAAAGCAUGACACGAUGCGCCUUUAAGAAUACCUUAAGUAAUUACCGGCCAUUUAAAUUAGACAUUUCUGGUGUUAUUUACCCUGGUUCCAUGCAGAGGUUUAUUUUCAUUUUAUAUAAUAUCACCUUCGCCAUUUCUAAUAUUACUUACAAUGAAAUUUUAUAAUAAAUCUCUGGCACCAGGGUAGUUGUUAUUUAGUAUAAAUAAUUAUUAGUAUGUUUAAAGAUGUUGCAUUUAAAAUUGUGUUAUAGACUGAUGCAUGAAAAUAGUGGCGCCAGCGACUCAACGGUCCUUUUAAAAAUGCGCCAGAACGACAACAUAGUUUUUCAAAAUCUCGCUAAUAGUGUAUUUACCUAACGUAUGCGAUUUUUUGCAUGUGGCCAUUCUCCAAUUCCAUGAAAAUCAGGCAGUGCAACCUGUACAUGACAAACUAAGAGCGACUGCAAACAUUUGUUUGGGUUUUUGCAUAGUCGCAAUGAAAUCUGCAACUGAAGUUGGAGAAAUUGGCAAUGAAAGUAUGCGUUAAUUACAAGUUUGUUUACAUCACCGGGCAAUGGCUUGCCGUACUGCAUAUAAUACUGAAAUGUAUAUUUUUGUUAUGAAUAAUAUCUCGUGCAGUUAGGAGAGAUUAUAUAGGAAAUAAAAACGGAAGUCGUGUCACUGGUGUGUGGUGUGUGACCGCAAGAAAUGCCCAGGGAUUUUGAAAUUCGUUGUGAAUUAAUCGUCUCUAGUUCAGUCUCUGUCUUGAAAUUUGUUAUUGUCGAUUUCAACGUGCGCCUCCUUUGUUCGUCAUGAAAAUCCCAAUUAUUUAGACACGUUCAAAUUUUUAUAUGCUCAAUUUUUAAAUGUUCAAACUUUGACCACACUUUGCAAGGUCAUUUCCACUCUCAUAAACAAUCACUCAGAAACGAACAGAAAACAACAUGCAAAAAUAGAAUAAAGUAGUAUUUGAAGUUCAAUUUUAAUAAGUAUACAAGUAACUUGCAACGUAAUUGGAAGUUUUAUAACAAAUGUUGCCUGGGAACGACAAUAUAACUACAUAUUGUGUUCGCAAGUAUGGAAGUCAGUGAAUCAUGUUCAUUUCGAGCUAUUGUUAGCGGUCAUUGUGGGUUCGAUCCGAAAGACAGAAAUAAAUCUACUACCAUUAUUUCUUUGAGAAACUGCACUCGCGAUAUCGACGAGCAUAAACGAUAUAUGUGCAUAACUGGCGUUGAAUCAGAAAUAGAGUUGAUUUUAGCAAGGGCAUUUAUUUUUGAGUCCUCAAGAAAUUUAGACAGCUUUACAAUUUGUCCACAUCACCGUGCAUCCUUAGGUGUAAGUUGGAAACGGUGAUCUGCGAAAUGCUGCAUACCAGUAAUUCUUUCUCAGCCAAAGAUGAUGUCAAGAAAAGACCAAAAGCAGAGAGGGGUUUGAGUAAAAGUGGGUCAAGAACCGUGUUGAAAAAGAUUGGUGUAUUUCUUCCAGUUGGUUCAGGUAUGUUGGAACAAAGACUUUUGGCAUCACCGAAUAGUCGUGUACACGAUUGAGCAUUAGUGGAAGUAAACGCAUGAAACGUUACAAUGUUUGUACACAUAUUCUUUUCCAGGGGUGUGUUCUAAAUGCAUAAAGAUUCUUGCAGAGGCCCUCAAGGAAGGUGAAGUUAUUUUCCAAAUUAAAGAAUUGACUUUGGUCAGUAACUUUUCCUUUUAUCUGAGAGCAGUAAGAGACACAGUUUGAUGUGUGCCGAGCUACACGUACCGAAAAGUCAAUAGUAUCUACUACCAGUUGUCAAAUUAAUCAACUUUUUAUAACGUUUAAACUAAUUGAAAUAUUGGUUGUGUCUUAGGACGAGGUUAAAGAUACAUCUGUUCCUCAAGCCCAAAGUACACCAGCUGCAUUUGAUCUUUCCCUUUUUUCUUUGGAGACAUUGGAAGGAACCCUCCAUUCUCCAUCAAAUACGGGGAUAGCCACAACUAUCACAUCCCAGGAUAGCAGAGCUUACAGUGAUGCAAAUCCAAUUCAUAAGCUGAACGAGUUCCUUCAGAGUAAAGAUGUUAGUCCAAUUAGAUAUCCUGUCAAGGUACCCUGGGAAGAAGCGAGUGAGAGAACGAGACACCGCCACACACGUAAGGCCAAGCAGGCGGUGCAGGCUGUUCUUAAAGAAGUAUCACCAAAUCAAUCCGAACAUUUGUGGCAGUCCGUUGUUGAAUCAAUGUCACCAGAUAAGCAGGAAGACGAUAACAUUGAUCAGAUUCUCAUCGUGAAUGCUUUAACAGAAUGCUACAAUAAUGCGAACUCAUGGGAAACUCGGCGCCAAAUAUUAUCUAUAAUGGCUGACAAGGUAACGUUUUCUACCUUAAAAAAGUGGAUUCCAGAUCUUACCAGAUAUCGUUUUAAUGUGGCAAGAAAACAUGCUUUAAUUCACGGCAGAGGAGUUCCCCUUCCCAUGAUAAAGCAGACCAAAAUGUUCGUUUCUCAAAUUCAGCUUGAUCAUUUUUGGGACUUUAUUAUACAGCGAAAAAAAAGAGCCAAAAUCUACCCAAAUUUCUUCCAGUGAUAAGGCAAAAAUGAGUAAAAUAGAAAAGAUGAUAAUACAAACAAAUGUAGCAAAAAAAAACGAUCAAAAAGAGCAAGAUAUGAAUAAAAUGGACAAAAUGUUUGAAAUGAUGAAAUCCAUGAUGGUGAAAUUGGAAACUGUAGACGAAAUCAAGGAGCACAUUCUAUGCGUUGAGAAAGAUGUAAAACAGAUGAAGGAUUCGAUUGAAUUCGUUCACGCCGAAGUUAACGAUCUGAAAGAUGAAGUCGAGAAAACGAAGCGGUCUGAUGAGGAAAAUAGAAGGAAAAUCCGCGAGUUAGAAGAUACAAACCGUCGACUACAAGAAAGCGUUGUCGACCUUAAAGCACGAUCUAUGCGUGAUAACCUGCUUUUCUUUAACGUAAAGGAAUACGAAAAAGAAAACACAACGGAGAAGAUUUAUGAUAUCCUAGAACAAAAUCUAGAGAUUUUUGACGCAAGAAACAAGGUAAAGAUCGAUCGUUCCCACCGUGUCGGAAGGAAACGUGUUAGCCAACGAAAGCCUAGACCGAUUGUUGUGAAAUUCAACUAUUUCCAAGACCGUGAACAAAUCAGACAAAAUGCGAGAAAACUAAAAGGUUCGCGUAUUGGAAUUUCAGAGCAAUUUCCCGAAGAGAUCGAAAAAAUUAGACAGACUUUAUACCCAGAAAUGAAGAAGGCCAAAGCGCAAGGUCACCGAGUUCGGUUGGUUCGAGACAGAUUAUAUAUAAACAAUGUUGAGUUCAAACCUUCCAGUUAA